AUGGGACAUGCACAGGACGAGGAGAAGGAUGAGAGGGGAUCAAUCUGCCUAAAAUAUCUCUUAUUCCUCUUCAACUUCUUCUUUUGGAUUGGUGGCGCCGCAGCCAUUGCAAUGGGAUUGUGGACCUUGCUGGAGAAAAGCAGUUACAUAUCUUUCCUUGCCUACAGUACUCUCUCAAUAUCCGCAUACAUCCUGCUGUUCGCUGGAGGCGUGGUCAUGCUAACAGGAUUCUUCGGAUGCUGUGCCGUGAUUCGAGAAAAAAAAGCCUGCCUUUUGUUCUAUUUGGUCAUUCUUAUUUCAGUCUAUGCAGCAGAACUUGCUGCUGGUGUCCUGGCAUAUAUAUACUAUGAAACGAUAAGUGAAGAAUUAAAAGACAGUCUUAAUGAGACAAUUAUAAAUAAUUAUGCUCAGCCGGGGAUGAAUGAUGUCACAUAUGCCAUAGAUCAUCUGCAGCAGGACUUUAGGUGUUGUGGCAGCAGCAGUUAUGAAGACUGGAGGUACAGCUUAUAUGCGAUUACAGCUAAUAACAGCGGAAACAUUGUCCCAGAUAGCUGCUGUAAAACCAUGACUGCGGAGUGCGGGAGACGAGACCACCCUUCUAAUAUAUACAGAGUGGAGGGAGGAUGUAUGUCCAAACUGGAAACAUUUAUCCAGGAACAUCUGCUGUUGAUUGGCGCGAUCUCCAUAGGCAUUGCCUGUUUUCAGCUGAUUGGUGUAACUAUGAGUGCGUGCUUCCUGCGUAUCCUCUAUAAAGAAGAGAAGGAAGAGCUGUACAAUAUGAUUUGA